GAAUCAUACAUAUUUCGGCUGUCGACGCGGGGAAGGGAAAGAGGAACUAUGACCCACUCAACUACCCGGGACGAGUUGUCCCAGUUACUCCCAUCUCAGGUGCGGACAUGCGGCCAACCGAGAGCGGACCCACACGACCCCGCGGAGCCCCCGAAGAGAUCCGCCGUGCGACUUCUCAUGCACGGCGCGGCGAUGUUCGGGAGGGAGUUCUGCUACGCCGCCGAGGCGGCUUUCGUGACCCCGGUGCUACUGAGCGUGGGACUGCCUAAUACUCUUUACAGCAUUGUGUGGCUCGUCAGUCCCAUUCUGGGCUUUAUCCUCCAGCCCAUCUUCGGCUCAGCCAGCGACUACUGCCGGUCCAGGUGGGGCAGGAGGAGACCCUACAUUUUAGCCAUUGGGAUCCUGCUGGUGGUGGGGAUGACUCUGUUCCUUAACGGAGAAGCCUUGGUAACAGCCGUCAUUAAACACGGGAGACAAAGAAAGCUUUGGAGUAUUCUGAUAACUGUUCUCGGCGUGGUCAUCUUCGACUUCUCUGCAGAUUUCAUCGACGGCCCCAUCAAAGCUUAUCUCUUUGAUGUUUGCUCACAUCAGGACAAAGAGAGGGGUUUACAAUUCCAUGCUCUGCUGACUGGUAUUGGAGGUGCUGUGGGCUACAUAGUGGGUGCGAUAGAAUGGAAGAGCACUCCCCUGGGACAUGUUUUAGGAUCUGAAUAUCAAGUUAUUUAUGUUUUUGCAGCAGUAAUUUUCAUUGCAUUUCUAACCAUACAUCUGUGCAGUAUACCAGAAGUUCCUUUAGGUGAGGAAGGAGAUGCUAAGGAAUCAUACUUGCUGGGAGAUAAUACCACAGACUAUGGAACGAUUGAAAGUCAUAAAGAUGAUCUUCAUGAUCCAUGUGUCAAUAAUCUGAAACCUUUAUCACCGGCAAAAAAAUUAGAAAAUGGUUCACUUAUCGCCUCCAAUAAACCACAAGAUGACAAGGUACAAAGACGUAUGACCCUAAAAUCCUUGUUUAAGACGUUGCUCAAUAUGCCUUCUCAAUAUCGCUGCUUGUGUAUUAGUCACCUCAUAGGAUGGACAGCAUUUCUCUCCACUAUGCUUUUCUUCACUGACUUCAUGGGACAGGUUGUGUAUAAUGGUGAUCCACAUGCUGAACACAAUACUACUGCAUACAUUAUCUAUGAGCGAGGUGUUGAAGUAGGAUGCUGGGGCUUGUGUAUUAAUGCAAUAUUCUCAGCAAUAUAUUCAUAUACACAGAAGAUCAUCGUGCCUCUAAUUGGAUUGAAAAUAUUGUACUUUUUGGGUUAUGUCCUGUUUGGCAUUGGAACUGGAUUGAUUGCGUUCUUUCCUAAUGUUCUCUUCACCCUGAUCCUUUCUGCAAUAUUCGGAGCAAUGUCAAGUACACUUUAUACCAUUCCCUUUAACUUGAUAGCUGAGUACCAGAAAAAAGAGAAGAUUGAAAGGAAGAAUGACGGGGCAGCUGUGAACGAAAGCAGAGGUAAAGGUAUCGACUGCGCUGCCCUGACCUCCAUGGUACAGUUAGCACAAAUCCUAGUCGGAGCAGGUGUUGGAGCUCUGGUAAACCUGGCAGGCACUGUGAAAGUUGUGAUGAUCACUUCGUCAGCCAUCUCCUUUCUGGGUUGUUGCUUUGUUGUAGUAUUUGUUCACUAUGUUGACUGAGAUGAGCGGAAGGAAUGCAAAACUGUGAUAAUUUUGUUUUCUCAAUUUCAUUAAAUGCUCCAAAUUAUUAUCUGUGUCUUCCCCAAUGACUCCAAUGUUGCC